AUGAAAUCGUUUGUUUUUGCAUUCGUUAUCGUCGGACUGAGCCAAGCCCUAGCCGAAGAAUCUGGAGACGUAGGUCACAACAGAGUACGGCGCACUUUACUGAAGAAGAAACUGUGCUAUAUCCUCGGACAUUGCAGUAACGAGUAUGGCGGAUAUGGGGGCUACGGAGGCGGUUACGGGGGCCACGGUGGCGGUUAUGGGGGCAACGGCGGAGGUUAUGGCGGCAACGGUGGCGGCUAUGGAGGCUACCCCGCUCCAAUAAACAUCGGCAUCAGCCAAUCGCAGUCCUCGUCGAGCGCGGGCGGCGGCGGUUUCGGGAGCGGUUACUACCCCAACAAUUAUCAAUACAACGGUGGUUACGGCGGGCCAGCGGUGCCAGGGGGAUACGGCUAUAGAAGACCGGGAUACUUCAAUAACGGAUAUGGAGCCAGCAAUAACCAGUUUAACGGGAACUAUUACGGUGGAAAUGGGAGGCCACAGGGCUACAGCGGCUACCAAGGGCCCUUCGGAAACUUUUACGACGAAGGCGAUAGGCCAUCGAGCGAUGGACACGAGGAUGGGUCAGACUACGACGGUCACGGCAGGUCGGCCAGUCAAGUGACCAGUAGAAGCGAUAGU